AUGCCGUACGGACGCGACAAAGCAAAAACACAAAAUGUAGCUGCUCAAGCAGCGUUUCUUUCCAGCAAGCUCAAUUUUGGACCGCCUUCAAAGGCUGCUCCCCAAACACCCCCUAGAUCAAAGGGAGUUUCAAAGGACCCACAUUUUGGCGCAAACCGAGAUGCCAUUGCUGCUAAGCUCAACUUUGGAGGGAAAAAGCCACCGCCCGGUCCAAAGAGUCCUGCUACUAUUCCCAAACCAUCUGGUGGGAAAGAGUUUCAAAACCAAAAGGCAGCUUUGGCAGCCAAGUUAAACUUUCGACCGCCCUUACCAGCUGGGGAUCCCCUUGCAAAGCCUCCGAAUGCUCUUCCCAAUCGCCAGCCCGGUCCUCCCAUACGUCCAGCACAACAAGUCUCGUCGCAAAACGGCACGCAGGACUUUUCUGCUCAUCGAGCGGCCAUUGCCUCUCAGUUGGCCUUUGGGAAAUCCAAGCCAUCAUCUCCACCCAAUUCGAAUCCUCCUCCUACAAGAAGAAGAAAUGACAAUUAUGGAACGGAUUUUUUCAACCAAAAGCAAGCGCUCGCUUCCAAACUAGUAUUUCGACCACCUUUACCAGCGUCGCCAACUUCAGGAGGGUCACAAGUGUCACCAUUACGGCCAACCACUGGAAUGCCACGUUCCCCCGAAUCACCACAAGAAACAAGUUAUACUCCAGCUCCAGCAGCUCCAGCGGGGCAUAUGGGUCUCGCGGCGCAAGCUGCAGCCAUGGCAUCGGGACUAAAGUCUCGUCAACCCGAAGAUGCGAUUACUACUACUAGCAGUGGCGCAGCCUCACCACAGAGCUCACGGAGCAUGAAUGAUCCUCCUCCAGAACCCGAAAUGUCCUUUGCUCAACCGGAAAUGAAAUUUGUCAGGUCCUAUCGAAUAGGUGGUGGCGGUGGGGGUGCAGAGGAGGAACAACCAAAAGAAGGGCCUUUUACACAAGUUAUUCCCAAGCAGGUGGUUGCUGGUGAUGAAAAUGGUCGGAUUCAAGUGGUUUUGGUCAGCGAAAAAUUCGAAUGGGGGACCAAGCCACUCAACAAGAAGUACCGGCGGAAUCGUGUCAUGGUCAAGCGCCUUACCACAAAUACUCCAGAAGAGGAACGGAAAAGAGAGAGAAACAAGAAGGGGGGUGGGCGAUGUACUAUCAUGUAA